GCAACCCCCCACCUCCCUUCAGCAAUCUGGACUGAAAGAUAGAUAGGAAGGUUAUACGCCUUUGCUAGCCGCGGUUGUCUUUGACAUUUGGUUCACCAUUGUCUAUAGUGCUUAUUUUAACAUGUAAAAUAAGGUUCAUUUUCAAUGUGCACUGAAUAGCUCAAAUUGGUUGAUGGAAUUUGUCUACUACCAGCAUAUUGUCCGAUUAAGAAGGGUUUUCAUGUGCUAUUCUUAGAAAUCAACUCGGUGCUAACAAACAUCAUGGUUUGACAGUUUUGGCCUGGGAAACUGACCUGACCGUUUAUUUUGUUUUCGAAUAAUAUAACCUACUUUCAGCUGACAGCAUCAAGACAAAGGUAAUAAAUUCUAUGUUACAGACAAUUAACUCAACUUUUUAAGACACUGGAUCUGAUCUGCUAAGGGUUUGGAGUCCGUAUACAUGUCUAAGAUAUGUUUUAUUGUGUAUUUUAUUCUAAAUGGGAUGGUGUUAUCUUUCGAUGACCCGUUAGCUUUUUGACAGCUCACAUUAGCAUCCAUGGGUUGCAACACCCCUAUCACAUACUGUUGAUCCAGAGGUUGUUCUCAACCUAUGGUUUCUAUACAGCGGACUUGGUCCUUUUCCCUUUUCACAUGACAACAACAACAACUCCCUCUUCUGGUACUUUUAGGAACUGAGGAUUAUUUUCACCCGGAAGAAGACCCGCGAGGACAUGGGUGGCAAAGUCAGUAGCAAAAUGGCUGCGGUUGGGCGGGUGGUACAGGUACGCUUGUCAAACUGGGAUAAUUAUCGCUCUGCAACCACACUUGUAACUCAAGUGAGUACUUUUAAAAGUUCAAUAGUCAAUGCAAGUUACGAUUUCCAAGGUCAGAAAUCAACGAAAUUUGUUUUCGCUUUGUUGUUGCUGUGCAUCCCCCAAGCUAACGAGCUAGCACAUUCACUAAUCAGUAGUUCUCCCUGUCCAAGUGUUUACUCUAGCUAGCUAACUUAUCUGGCAGUUUAUUCAAGGUAAUGAUAAACAUUUUGUUGGCCUACUACUAUAUGGCAUUGCUUUCAAUUCAUAGCAUUAAACAAUAUAGGAUUGUCUGGCUGCAAAAGAGAAGUAUUGACGUGAUUGAGUAACUUGUCUGUUUUCAUUUGACUACCUUUCAGGCUGUGAAACCUCAUGCUCCACAAAUCAAGUUUCCCAGCAGAGAGGGGGUCCCCAGGCUGAAUGGUGAGUAACAACUUGCCAGUGUGAUGUUGUUGCACUACCUAUUGUUUUAUUUUUUGUCCUUGGGUAGUGCUAACCCUAUUGAAGAGGACAUUCCACCCUUUGACUGUUAAGGGACACAGCUACUGUAUGCAAUUAUGCUUUGCUAGUCAAAUUUUAGACUAUCGAUGUGUUGGUUGAAUAUUGAUUAGUCGUAUCAACUUUAACGUGAUAGGCAGUAGAAACUGCGUCAAUGUACUAUUGUAAUAUUAUGCUGUAGCUCUCCUCUUAAAAACAUGUUUCCUCUAUCGGUUUGACAUUUUGUUGUUGGAAAACCUGGGUAUUGUUUUCAGCCGCUUUUCAAAUCAAAGGUGGAAGCACUGACUUGAUUUUCCCUUUAUUUUUAUUUUUUACAUGUCAACCCCAGUGUAUUUUAGGAAGAGGUUGUUUUAGUCCUUUCCAAUUUCAUUAUAAAACAGUGCUAUGAAUGAUGAAUAAAAUAAAGAAAACACAAAGGAUGUCCAGUGUUUCCCCUAUAUGCAUUUAGCAGCGGCGCACUGGAUGGUAAAACUUUCAGUGUAAACUUAAAUUACUAAAACAAUAUAUAAAGUCUGCAGAAAAGAUAAUGGAGCAAUAUUUUUUAAAAAUAAGAAUCUUUGAGAACUAACAAUCACACAAAUAAAAACGAGACAGUCGGGAAGAAUCUGAAAUGCCAAAAAUGUCAUUGAUUUUGAGUCACUCAGAUAGCAUAAGCCAUGGCAAAAUGUGUAGAAUUGCAGGAAAUUAGCUUUAAAACAGCAGAAUUUUGUCUCUCCGGCCAAGAGGAGGGCCUCAAACUAUGCCUUUGGCCAUGCCCACUACCAAAUCGUAGGGGAAACACUGAAUGUCUAAAACAAUAACAUCACUGAUUUAAAAGCUACAUGAAUAGGCUACUGUUUUAAAAUAACAGCCAUUUCCUCUGUUUCAGUCCAAGAGACUCUUAAAACAUUAGCAGUCAGCUCUCCUAGUUCAUCUCCAGUUGUAGCGCCGCCGCUGUUAUCGAGACCCCCCGGUCCUGUCACUCUACUCCCUGGAACCCCAGACAGUGUGGCAACAGUGAAGGAACUCCCUCAGAGAUACCGCAGGAGGGCAUUGGAAGCAGACGAGAUGGACUAUAUUCAGGUGAGUGCCUAGCUGGGGCACUGAAGAAGUGCUGUAAUUGUUGUAUUUCUUUAUAAAAAAACAAACGUGUUUAUACAAAUACUGAAGGGGGUGGUAUUUUCGUGUGACAUGCGGCUACACUCAUGGGUUGGAGUGUAGCCGCAUGUACUGUAAUUGGAUCUCUGCUUUGAAUUUAGCCAAUAGUGUUAGAGAAGGCAUUCCGAGUACUCAAAGUGCAUUAACUGUUGUUUCCGGAGUGUUGCAAUACAGUGAAGAUCUCACUAACCACCGACUCUUCUUCUGUUUUCCAGCGUGGUGGACCAGAGUGAUGUUAAGUGACUCUGUGAAUGCAACCCAAAUCCUUACCUGUGGAAAUCCGUUCCUCAACAAGAGAGGACCUGCUGCCACACCUCAUCAGACAUCAUGUAGAAUAAAGAUACUAUAAUUCAUGUUGAAAUUGUACAAAUAAAGUUUAUUUUUAAAGACGUGAUUGUGUAGAUAUUUUUAAUUUCAAAGGACAUUUUUGAUUUCAUUGUUUGCUGUCUUAGAAGAAAAGCCAUUACAGUAAAUCUUCCAAUUAUAUGACCAUUUAUUUGUUCAGCAUCCACCUCAUUCAAUGCUCAAUAUUUUACACCUUCACUUAAUUAAAUCCUUGAAGGUUGAUUUGAACAUUCCCAUGAUCAACUGUACAUCCGUUUUUAAUUGACCAGUAAGUCCUCCUGCUUUCUUAGUUGCACAUUUUGCUCAGCAUUUUUAUGACACCACAUCCAAACAAGGACCAGACUGAAUUUCACCCCAAGACUGAAGAAAAUCAAGGACUCUUUUCUCCUGGCCCCUUCAGUCAGAACAGGCGUUA